AUGAAGACUUCUUUCAUCAUCUUCGUCGCCACCCUUUUCACCACGGCUCUUGCAGUGCCGCAGAAGUUAAAGGUCGGAAUGGGAUGGAGCCAACAUGUUGAUUAUUGCAACCGAGGAUGGGGUGGCGAUGGUUCUUGCGAGGCCGCUGGAUAUUACACUUUCUGCUGCGGCGACCCCACUAACGACGAGUUCCAAAACUCCAAAUUCCAUGCCUACGCCAUGACGAAUGGUGGCAGCUGCUUUGGAGGGGCGGGCACGAUCAUGUGUGCCGAGUAG